AUGCACCUGAACAAUCUUUACGCCUUGGUUCUGCUACUACUUCCUGCUGCAUCCGCCCGGAAGUCUGUUGUAGACCUUGGCUAUACACAGUAUCAAGGCCAUGAGCUCUCCAACGGCAUUGUACAGUGGCUGGGCAUGCGUUAUGCUGCCCCUCCUGUCGGACAGUUGCGAUUUGCUGCCCCACAGGAUCCGCUGCCAAUAAAGGGUGUUCAAGAAGCAAAUAAGGUAGCAAUACAGUCACAACCUAGAUGUCAUUGCCUGUUCAUCGAUGUGUAUGCCCCAAGGAAUGCGUCCAACCUCCCUGUGUUCUUCUGGAUACAAGGUGGUGGGUUCAACUCCAAUUCGAAUGCCAACUACAAUGGAACUGGGUUGAUCGAAGCGUCUGGCUCGCAAAUCGUCGUGGUUACCUUCAACUACCGAGUUGGACCUUAUGGGUUCUUGGCUGCCACGGAGGUCCAGAAUGGCGGAAGUUUGAAUAACGGCCUCAAAGACCAGAUCAAGGCUCUCAAGUGGGUCCAGAAACAUAUCAGCAAGUUUGGCGGCAACCCCAAUCAUGUUGUCCUCGGCGGUGCUAGCGCAGGGGCUGCUUCCAUCACCCUGUUGCUCUCAGCCCAUGGGGGGAGAAACGAUGGCCUAUUCCACGCUGCAGCUGCAGAGUCGCAAAGCUUUGCCACUAUGCUCACAUUGAAUGAGAGUCAGUUUGCUUACAACAACCUGGUCAUCCGCACCGGCUGUGCGAGUGAAAACGCCACACUCGCGUGUUUGCGCAAUCUUGAUACAGCAAGCCUUCAGCGCCAGAACUUUAACACGCCGUUUCCUGGAGCGCAACUGGCGCCGCUGUACAUGUACGGGCCGACUAUCGACGGAGACCUUGUGCCCGACUAUACGUAUCGCCUUUUCCAUCAGGGCAAGUUCAUUAGGGUGCCCGUCAUCUUCGGCGACGACACGAAUGAAGGUACCAUCUUCGUCCCGAAAGAUGUUUCCAGCUUCUCGGAAGUCGACAAGUUCCUUCAAAACCAAUUCCCAAAAAUCGAACUUCAUCACCUAGCUAAGAUUAAUGAGCUGUAUCUACAGGAAAAUCAGACUCAGUCUUUCCCAGAUGCUAGUGUUUGGUGGAGACCUGCAAGCAACGCUUACGGAGAGAUGCGCUACAUCUGUCCCGGCAUCAACAUGUCAGCCGUCUACGAGAAUGCUGGGGUCAAGAGUUGGAACUAUCACUACGCCGUGGAAGAUGAAGCCGCCCAAGCUUCGGGUACUGGUGUGUCCCAUACAGUCGAGGUCAACGCCAUCUGGGGCCCAAAGUACACAAACGGGGGUGCACCUCCCUCUUAUACUACCACAAACGCUCCGAUCGUCCCGGUCAUGCAGGGUUACUGGACGAGCUUCAUUAAGACGUUCAACCCGAAUACUCAUCGCUAUCCGGGCAGCCCCGAAUGGAAGACUUGGGGUGACGGAGGAGGAUACAACCGUAAUUUCAUCAAGACGAACGAAACGAAAAUGGAAAGUGUCCCGAUAGAUCAAAAGCAAAGGUGUGGAUACCUGACCAACAUUGGGACGGCGCUGGGCCAGUAG